AUGCCGGGUCGUACUCAACUUUCAUCGGAACACGGGGAACACUUGUAUCAACAAGACUAUCUCCAGGGUUAUUCUAUAUCCAAAAAUGGGUUUCUUCCCGAUCGAGAACCACUAAGGCGUCUAUCAAGUCCAUAUUAUACUCCGUGGGAAACCUUGCUGGACGAGCUUCCGCUGCUGAUAAAGGAGAGAGUCAUACGAAAAGCCAUCGAUCGCAUGCCGGUACUUUCGACGGGUAAAAUCCAUACAAAAGAAGAGUGGCGUCGUGCCUAUGUUGUGUUAUCCUUCUUAGCACAUGCGUAUAUCUGGGGCGACGAAAAGGCGUCAGAAGUUCUCCCUCGACCGAUAUCAGUUCCCUUUCUCCAAGUUUCAGACCACCUCAGCCUUCCGCCAGUGGCAACAUACGCUGCGCUCAACCUCUGGAACUUCACGUGUAGUGGAACUGACUUCCGAGAUCUUGACAAGCUGCAAUCCUUACACACGUUUAGCGGAACACAGGAUGAGUCAUGGUUCUUCGCGGUAUCCGUAGCAAUGGAAGCCAAGGGGGCGUAUAUAAUCCCAGUCAUGUUGCAGGCCCUUGACGCUAUCCAAGAACGAGACUACUCGACGAUAACGAGCGCUCUGGAUGAAUUGUCUAUCUGUAUUGAGAAACUCGGCAGACUUCUUGAUCGGAUGUAUGAGAAAUGCGACCCCACCGUUUUUUACCACCAAAUUCGCCCAUACCUAGCCGGAAGUAAGAAUAUGGGCGCCGCCGGCCUUCCGAACGGAGUCUUAUACGAAGACGAGGAUGGUGCGCUCAGCUGGAAGCAAUUGAGAGGUGGGAGCAAUGGGCAAAGCUCACUCAUCCAAUUCUUCGACGCUGUUCUUGGUGUUGAACAUAGAUCAUCCGGCAACGACGCACGUGCCGGAUCGGCAGUGUCUUCAGGGACUAGCAAACCAACCCCAACUUUCCAUGAAGAGGUCCGUUCUUACAUGCCCGGGCCACAUAGAGCAUUCCUCGAACAGGUCUCGUUUAAGAAAAGUCUGAAGGAUUUCGCAUACGAACUUGGUGAUUCUGAUGAACAACGACAAUUAUGGUUGUCAUUUCAAGAUGCCACCAAAGCCCUCGGGGACUUUCGAAAUAAGCACAUGCAGCUUGUGGCAAGAUACAUCAUUGUGCCCUCGCGGAAGCACAGCCAAGUUUCAGUGACAAAUCUUGCCUCUGCGUCGUCGCGGCCUGACCAUCAGCUAGAUAAAGAAUUGACUGGAACGGGAGGGACGGCGUUGAUACCAUUUCUAAAGCAAACGCGGGAUGAGACAUACGGUAGUGUGACCUGCCGCUUUUCUCCUGCCGGCCGUCGCCGAGUGAGGAGGCCGCAUAUACCUCCUUCUGGAUCCACCACACCCCAAUCUCCCGUCCCGUCAUCCGCUAGACCAGAGGCGCCCUCUGAUAUUCCUGAAGAAGCGGACGUCCCCCGGGAGGCACGGCUACUGCGCGACGCUAGGGGGAAGUUAACUUUCGUUGGGGAUUGUGCACCGCUUUCCCUUUACCAAACUGUACGGCAGAUUGUAGCGUCCCGAGUAGAUCCGAACGCAUUUACGCCUCGAACAAGCCGAGUCUCGAUGUUAGAGAAUGCUUCUUCCGACCCAUUGCUUCCCGGAAAUGACAAAGAGCCGUAUGUGGAUCCCGCUGAUGUCCAACGGCUAGUAUCUAUGUUUAUCUCAGUGACAUCCGGAUUGGUUGAUUUCUUUGAGAAUGCUCAUCUAGCGGACAACAUAUCAGCAUGGGUUUCUGAAAAAGGACCCAGAGAUGCGACUUCUGCCGUCAAUUAUCUCAUUUUAGCCAUUGGGUCUCAAUCUGUCGACGAAGGAUCUGCUGCUCGAUAUUUUCAAUAUGCGAAGACUUUAGCUUUAAAAUGCCUUGGUGGCGACCUAGGAACCGAGACUGUUCAAGCCUUCGCCCUCGUCACUUUAUACAUGCUCCGAGCAUGUCAAAUAAAUGGCGCGUUUCUCUUCUUUGGGAUUGCCGCGAGAGCUGCAUACUCGAUCGGCUUGCACCGGACAGAAGUCAAUUCUCGGUUCGGACCUGAAUCGCACGCCCGAAGGGACCGUCUCUGGAAGAGCUUGCGGGUCAUCGACUUGUUCCUUAGCAUAUCCAUGGGUAGACCUCCAUCUAUGUCGGAUAUAGAUUGCACAGUGCCUUGUGGAGACUUAGACGCUAAUGGGCAGGAGAAAUUUGACCUUUUGAACGCGUCGGUCCAAAUACUAUCGAUUACGGAAGAAAUCGUACUCCAAGUAUACUCCAGAAGAAAGAUCUCGCUUCAACUAACUGAAGGAAUCUCAUGUCAACUUCGAGAUUGGUCACGUAGAUGGCUGUCUCGGCUAAAGAGAACGGUUGACGAAGUUUCGGGGGAAGACAGACAGAAUGUCAUCGGGGCUUGCCAAGUUAUGUCCUGUUAUCAUUACGCUGUCAUGCUAAUAACCAGACCGUUCCUCAUAUACGAGUUAUGUAAACGCCUUCCGGAAAAUUACACCUCCGCCGAUCCGCCAAGUAGCAGUAGCGACAAUUCGGGGAGGACUAGACUCGCAAAUGCAUGUAUUGAUGCAGCAAGCUUAAUGGCCGAGUCAGUAUUGGGUCUCGUAAAUCGACAGCUUCUAGACGGACGCAUGCCAUUAAUAGUAUCGUGGCUAUUCGCAUCAUCUUUGGUGCUCGGCGUUGGCCUCCUUGGAGGAUUCGGUCGCAUCCUUGAGAAAUAUGCCCGUAUGUCCAUCACUGCGCUAGAAUAUUUCGCAAAAAACGACACGCAUGCCAUGCAGUACACGCUCAUUGCGAAGUCUUUGCUGUCUAGCGCGUUGGAAUACCUCCAAAGCAAAGAUAUCGGCGAACGACUUCGAAUUACGGAAAGUUCGUCUCAGCUAUUCGGGCUCAUACCAAAAGAGUCCCUACGUCAGGAUCAGGGUUAUGUGCCAGGUACCAAUACCGUUGAAUCAACCAUCGCCUCAGCCCAUCAAGGCAGCACUGUGCCUCAGAAUUCAUUGGCACAUGAAUCGCCUACUUCUCCUUUCCACGAUAUUGACCCUAUCCUGUUAUCAUUAGGGUGCUCGCUUGAUUCCAACUCUGGGUCUUCUUUUUCAAAUAAAGACCAACAAGACCAGGCAGAUCAGGUUUUUGGCACUCUUAAUCUGUUUCCCCUAUUGGAUGGGAACGGCCAUAUAGAUCUUGCGCAUUACUUCUAG